CUGAUCUGAGAAGGAAAUGUGUUUAGAUCUGAGCUUUCCAGGCCUUUAUCUUCAGUGGACAUGUAUGUGGCCUUGCACAGUCCUACUGGUGAUGGGAAAGAUGCGAGGAAUGUGAAACACAAUGUGCGAGUGGAUUUGCACUAAAUAAAAUGGCAAUUUAUUCUUGAAUUGAGUGGAAUAAAAGGAAUCCCUGAAGAUGUCCAAGAAGGGGCGUGGGAAGGCUGAAAAGCCUGAAGCCCUGAUUACAGCCUUGCAGGCUGCUAAUGAGGACCUCAGGACUAAACUGACAGAUAUACAAAUCGAGCUUCAUCAGGAGAAAUGCAAGGUGAGCAAGCUUGAACGAGAAAAGGUGCAAGAGGCUAAGCGAAUACGAGAGCAGGAGCAGCACAAGCACACGGCAACGGUGACGGAUCUGAAAAGCAAGCUGCACGAGGAUAAGAUGAAAGAGCUGCAGUCUGUUCGAGAGACACUGAUCAAGCAACAUGAGCAGGAAUUGGCUCGUUUGAAUAAAAUCAAAGACCAUGAGAUUCAGCGACUAAAGUCACUUGUGAACUCGCUGCGAGAUGGCAGCAGUGACAAAGUAAGAACAGCCUUAACCAACGAGGCCCGGGAUGAGGCCAGGAAAGCAUUUGACUCCGAGCGCCUUAAACUUUUACAGGAAAUCCAUGAACUGAAAUCAUCCAAGAAGCAGGUGGAUGAGGCACUGAACAACAUGAUUCAAUCGGAUAAGAUAAAAGCAGGCAAUCUGCGCAGUGAGCAUCACUCCCACCAAGAGGCCAUAAGCAAAAUCAAAUGGGAGUGUGAAAGGGAUAUCCGAAGAUUGAUGGAUGAAAUAAAAUCUAAAGACAGAACCAUCUUUUCACUGGAGAAGGACCUAGAGGUGCAGGCAGGAUAUGCACAGAAGCUCCAGCUGCAGAAGGAGGCUCUGGAUGAGCAGCUCUUCCUUGUGAAGGAGGCAGAAUGUAACAUGAUCAUGAGCAGCCCCAAGCGGGAGGUGCCAGGCAGUGCACGGGAUGGCAUGGACCACCCAGGCAGUCCGGAUUUACGGAGAAACCAACGCAAAGUAGCAGACCUUAAUUCAACCAUUCGCAAGCUGGAAGACAGGAACACAUUGCUGGUGGAUGAAAGGAAUGAACUGCUGAAGCGAAUCCGCGAAGCUGAAAAACAAUAUAAACCUCUCCUGGAAAAGAACAAGUGCCUCAGCAAGAGAAAUGAUGACUUGACUCAGUCCUUGCAGCGGAUGGAGGAGAAACUCAAAUCACUGACCAGAGAGAAUGCUGAGAUGAAAGACAAGAUUGGCUUGCACCCACCUCUAAAAAAAUUACGCUCCUUGAACGACCUGGACCAGGCCCAUGAAGAGCAAGAAAUAGAAUUUUUAAAACUUCAGGUUCUCGAACAGCAGAAUAUCAUCGAUGACUUGACGAGGGACCGAGAAAGAUUGCUGCGUCGCAAGAGGCACAGAAGAAGUACAAAGCAUAUCAAGAGGCACGUGGUGGAGACGUGUUUUGGAUUCGAUGAAGAAUCAAUGGAUUCAGAAACCUCAUCCUUGGCUUCAUACAGAACGGACAGAACCCCAGCAACACCAGAGGACGACUUGAACGAAAGUUUGGCAGCAGAAGAAUCUGAACUACGUUUCAGGCAGUUAACGAGGGAGUACCAGGCUAUGCAGAGGGCGUACGCACUACUACAGGAGCAGACCGGAGGCAUCCUGGAUGCUGAACGUGAAGCAAAGGCUCAUGAGCAACUGCAAGCAGAAGUUCUCAGGUACAAAGCCAAAAUUGAUGACCUAGAAAAAGCUUUGGCUCAGAAAGGACAGGAUUCAAAAUGGGUUGAAGAAAAGCAACUGUUCAUGAAAAGAAAUCAGGAGCUUUCAGACAAGAUUGAUAAAUUGGAGAUUGAAGUCAGUCGACUACACCAGGAAGUUCAGGAUUCCCGGGACCAGAAUGAGCUGUUAGAAUUCCGCAUCCUGGAACUGGAAGAGAGGGAGCGACGAUCUCCUGCUUUUAACCUCCAGAUCACGCCUUUCUCUGACGGUGUAAGCGCUCUUCAGAUCUACUGCAUGCAGGAAGGUGUGAAGGAUGUUUGUAUCCCUGAGCUUAUAAAACAACUGGACAUCCUGGGCGACAAUGGGAAUUUGAGAAAUGAAGAGCAAGUUGCCAUCAUCCAGGCAAGCACGGUGCUCUCUCUAGCUGAAAAGUGGCUGCAGCAGAUAGAAGGAACCGAGGCUGCACUACACCAGAAGAUGAUAGACUUAGAAAUUGAGAUGGAUAUGUUUUGUAAACAGAAAGGCUAUUUAGAGGAGGAGCUAGACUACAGGAAGCAAGCCCUGGACCAAUCUUAUAUGCAUAUCCAAGAGUUGGAAGCUACCUUGUAUAAUGCACUGCAGCAGGACACAGUAAUAAAAAUGGGGGAAUCUCUGACUGAGAAACAGAAGGAUGACUUGCGGACUGCCGUGGAGAAAUUGAGACGUCAAAUGCUGAGGAAGAGUAGGGAGUAUGAUUGCCAGAUCCUACAGGAGCGCAUGGAGCUUCUGCAACAAGCACAUCAGAGAAUAAGAGAUCUGGAGGAUAAAACUGAUAUUCAGAAACGGCAGAUCAAAGACCUAGAGGAAAAAUUUCUGUUUCUAUUUUUGUUCUUCUCCCUUGCCUUUAUCCUUUGGCCUUGAUGUCAAUGAGACUUCCAAAUGAAGGGUGUGAAAUGGAUUAGAAUGGGUCCAACUGGAUUAAAAUGCUUCCGACACAGUGA